AUGGAGAGUUCACAGCUUCUCAGGUCCGCAGGUUGGUACCAAACCCUUACUUCUGCUCCUCAUGUUGAAAAUGAGUAUCGAGCAAUAGUGAAUGAUGCCACCAUGCUAGCAUGUGGUUUGAUCAAGGAGGGUAAAACCUUAUCCAAUAUACCUCAAAGUCCUAAGAGGCAUCUAGCAGUUGUUGAGGAGGUCACGAAAAAAGAAGAAGUCACGCCUUUGGCAGAUGUAGAUAAUAGUGGAACAAUUGAUUAUGGAGAGUUUGUAGCAGCCACUUUGCAUUUAAACAAAAUUGAGAGAGAAUAUCAUUUGUUCGCGGCAUUUUCCUACUUCGAUAAAGAUGGAAGUGGCUACAUUACUCCAGACGAGCUUCAACAUGCUUACAAGGAGUUUGGUGUAGAGGACGUCCGGCUAGAAGAUAUGAUGCAAGAAUUUGAUCAGCAUAAUUAUUUGAUGUUGAAUUGGUCCACUGUUAAGAGUGCAAGUUCUUACUGUAUGUCCUGA